AUGGGAUCGAGACAACAGAAGAAUCGGGUGUUAAUGGAGGAGUAUCGGGAAAGAUUCGCAGAGCGAUCUUUUCGGAAAAGCGUUGCGCACAAACCGGACAUAAAGAAGCAGUUAGACAAUUUUGAGGAUCAUCGACCGUAUUUCACGUACUGGAUCACUACUGUGCAAGUAUUGAUUCUGAUAAUAUCGCUGGCGUGUUACGGAUUUGGUCCUGUCGGAAUGGAUCUCAAUCAUCGAUCUGGAUUGGUUCUUGUAACAAGUUUGUCGUUACAACAAGUCGACUAUCAAGAACCCGCGAACUUCUGGCUGGGUCCUAGGGCCGCAGAUCUGAUCCAUCUUGGCGCCAAGUUUGCACCGUGUAUGCGUCGUGACAUUAAAAUCCUAAAGGAGAUCGAUGUAUGGCGGGAAAGAGAACGAGAUACUGCUUGUUGCAUUAGGAAUGACGAUUCCGGAUGCGUUCAAUCCAGCAAAGCAGAUUGUUCUGUCCGGGGACUGAGAUCCACUGCUAUGAAUACAAUAUCGACCUGGAAGAAGUGGGGACCUGGAGACAGCGGGCCUGGCGGUCGCAUCAGUGGAUCAGUUUGUGGGCUGGAUCCUAAGUUUUGCGAUGCCCCGGCAAGCAUCGCACCUUACGAGUGGCCAGACGACAUCACCAAGUGGCCAAUUUGUCGGAAAACCAAUCCCUUUAACCAACGUUUCAGUAAAAACGGGGGUCAACGGGGCAACGCCAAUUUUCCGAUCGGUCGUUACAAGGAUAAGAUGGCGGAGCAUAUGGUGUGCGAGGUAAUCGGUCACCCUUGUUGUAUCGGGAUUCACGGGAUGUGUCGGAUCACCACGAAAGAGUACUGCGAUUUUGUCCAUGGUUACUUUCACGAGGAAGCGUCCCUGUGCUCCCAGGUGGAGUGUUUGCACGAUGUCUGCGGAAUGAUACCGUUCCUGCAUCCGGAAUGGCCAGAUCAGUUCUACAGACUCUUUACCACCAUUUUUCUUCAUGCCGGAAUCGUCCAUUUGAUAAUUACGUUGCUGAUCCAAUAUUUCCUGAUGAGAGAUUUGGAAAAACUGACAGGCUCGUUGCGCAUCGCUUUGAUCUAUUUUAUUGGUGCUCUUGCUGGGAAUUUGGCCAGCGCAAUAUUUGUCCCUUACAGGGCAGAAGUUGGUCCAGCCGGCGCACAUUUCGCUCUGCUUGCCACGCUGGUGGUCGAAGUGCUGCAUUGCUGGCCGAUGCUGAAGCACCCGCGUCGCACAUUAUCCAAGCUGAUCCUGAUUCUGUUGGGACUAUUGACGCUGGGUAUCUUGCCAUGGAUAGAUAAUUACGCGCAUCUAUUUGGCUUCAUCUUCGGCUUUUUGGCGGCCUACGCACUGAUGCCCUUUAUCUCAUUUGGCCAUUACGACCGUAGACGGAAGAUCUUACUGAUUUGGGUCUGCAUGAUUCUGAUUGUGGGCCUGUUCGCUUUGUUACUCGCCCUCUUUUACAAUGUACCAGUGUACGAGUGUGAAGUGUGCAAACUGUUCAAUUGCGUGCCGUUCACCCGUGACUUUUGCGCCUCCCAGAACAUCAAUUUCAAGCGAGAGGAGCCAGUAUGACAUACGGAGCCGCGGUUCACAGUUGAGCGCGAAAUUAUUCCGCUCGGCCCCCGACUUUACGCUCCUCAUCAUCGCACGCAUCACUACAAUAUUAUGCCAUUACCAUUCGCCGCGCUCGUUCUGACGAUGCUCUUCGUAGACUCCCAAAGAUGCGACUGAAGCCACAAGAUUGAUCGGAGCUGAAUGAAAAAAGACUUUUUCGUUAAUCACAGUUUAAAAUCUUCAAAAUCGUCAAAAGUCUUAAUUGUACGAAGCUGCAGAAGAAAGUUCUUUAAUAACAGUCAGAAAAGAUAUUUGUCGAAUCUUUAAGAAAUAUCUUCAAAAAAUAUGAAAAUUUUUUUUAUUUUUUGAAGAAA